CGGCAGGGAGUUCGUUCGUUUCCUUUCUUACCGACGGAUAUCUAAAUUUUAGAAGGGUGAAGAGAAAAAAAGAAAAAAAAAAAAAAAGAAAUAAGAAAAGAAAGAUUUGUUCGAUAAAUCUCGUCGUCGUCAUCGUCAUCGUUGUCGUCGAAAUGUCUGAAAAAAAAUCGUCCUAUGACGAUUUUAAAUUUCGAAGAAGGUUAGGAUGAAUUUUUAGGGAAAGGGGAUCUAUCAAUCUAUUUAUCUAUUUAUCUAUUUAUCUAUCUAUCUAUCUAUCUAUCUAUCUAUCUAUCUAUCUAUCUAUCUAUCUCUCUGUCUAUAUUAGUUCAGUGUAAGUUAACGAAGGAUUAAAGAAGAAGAGAGUUUUAAGGGAUUCAAGAUUAGCAGUGAACACGCUAAGACACACCCUCUAUCGAAAUAAAUCCUUCGAAUGAAAGGUGGAAGAUCAUGACGACGACAACGAUGAUAAUAAUAUACAUAAUUGUUACGAUCCUAAAUCUGAUCGUUCAGAUUAAUUGCAAAUGCAGUUUAACACCUAUUGUCAACGGCGAACGAUCAAUUGCUUAUGCCUGUACUGACAGCGAAUUGAGCGACCUCGAUGAGAUCUCAAACGAGGCCGAAUGGAUUGAAUUUUCUGUAUCACGAAUACGUACGAUACCCGACGAUGCAUUUUCAAGAUUCCACGGUUUAAAAAGAUUGUCAUUUUAUAAUUGUCACGUAGAUUCUAUAUCUCGUAAUGCUUUUCGCGGAUUACAAUCGUUGGAUUGGCUUAUAUUCCAUGGUACUAAACUUCAUGUAGCUAGGACAGCUUGGUUUCAACAUUUACCAAACUUGAGGAAACUUAUUUUGGAUAGAUGUGGAAUAGUGUACAUAGAAGCAGACGUCUUUCGAAUGCUAUCAAGAUUGGAAAUGUUAAGUUUGUACGACAACGAACUCGAUUGUAUUCCUAUUGACGAGUUAACAUCCCUCAGAUCAUUGAGGAACAUACGUAUAGAUGGAAAUCCUUGGUUAUGCGAAUGCAGACGAAGAUUAGAAAGAUUCUUUCACGAACGUCGUAUUUUCGAAAAUGUUGGAAUUGAAGAAAAAAUUAUGCCUGUACAUAAAAGUUCGCGACAAUGUAUGGAAAAGAUUAAUAUUUUUGUUACUUCGAGACAUCCGAUUAAUUCAAAUAUAAAAAUCUUGGAAGAAGGAGAUCAGUUUCAAACCUCGACACUUCGUUCGUUAGAUCGUCUUCCAGAUAAAACAAGUUGGAUCGAAUUGUCCGGACUAAAAUUGGAUAUAAUUCCGUCUUACGCGUUUUUCCGUUUUGGAAAUACCUUAAGAAGUUUGGAAUUUCGCAAUUGCAUUAUCAACAAAAUCGAACCAAACGCAUUUGCUGGAUUAUACAAAUUGGAACGUUUGUCGUUCGUUGAUAACAAUUUACCACGAAUAGAAACUAAUUGGUUCCGAGAUCUCGUUAAUUUGCAUAGAUUGAUCAUCGCAAAGAAUGACAUAGAACAUAUCCAUGAAUAUACCUUUUGGCAUUUGAGAAAUAAUCUUAAAUAUCUUGAUAUACGUGAUAAUCGUUUACGUUGUUUACCGAUCGAAGAGAUCGAAAGAUUAAUGAAAUUAGAGAGAUUGAAUGCUAUUGGUAAUCCAUGGAAUUGUAAUUGUCGUAAGAACUUGGAAAAAAUUCUCUUGAAAAUGAAGGUUGGAUUUGAGAUAAGCGUUGGUAGAUGUUACGAGGACGAAAAUCAAAUAUCAUCUAUUAUAGAAGAACGACAUAGAAAUCAGACGAACGUAAUAACGAGUUCAGUAACUGGAAACGUACAUUGGGCAUCGUUCGAAGAUAGUUUGAACGAGAACACGAAUGUUAGCGUGUUAAUACCAGUUACAACAACGAUGGCUACGACCCAAGAAAAAAUAACACAACAGCCAACAACCGAACUUGUACAUCCUAGCAACAUCAUUACCACAUUACAACCAACGAUACACAAAGGAACUUGUACUUUGGAUAAUAAUUCUCAACAAGAAUAUAUUUGCACUGGUCUGACCUCGAUCAACCCAGUGAACUCAAUAGAUAUCAGAGCACAAACAAUUCGAAUUAUUCUGUCCGAUAUAUCGGUAAUACCGCCAGAAUCUUUUCAACGUUUCAAUGGUUAUUUAAGAAGACUGGAAUUUCGCGAUUGCGGAAUCGACAAAAUCGCGGCCGGUGCUUUUGCUGGACUCUACAAUCUCGAGCAUCUAUCGCUACAUAAUAACGCAUUGAAAUCAUUUACAAGCGAUUAUCUGGUAGGUCUCUCGUCGAACUUGAAACAUUUAGAUCUUUCAAGGAAUCGUAUAUUAAGGAUCGACAACGACGUUUUUGAUCUUUUCCCGCAUCUCAUUAGUCUCGAUAUUUCCGAUAAUACGAUGAAUUGUAUCGGCGUCGAACAUAUGGAACAUCGAUUGACUUAUUUGAAAUCGUUCGAAGUAACUGGUAAUCCUUGGAGUUGUCUUUGUGGGAUCAAAUUGGCUGAAUUUUUGGAGAGACGAAAUUUGCCCUACGAUAAGAAUACAUUGAUCGAUAGAUCGGAAUGUUAUGGUACACGCGAACCAUCCUCAACUGUUUCGCCAUCGACACCAUCUUUAACGACAAUGCCAACAUUGAUUAUAACGACUACAACGGAAGAAGAGAUACCUAGUACGAUAGAAGGUGUUUGUACUUAUCAUAGAAAGGAUAAUGACGAACUUAGAUACGUUUGUACUGGUGGAAAUAUAUUACUUUUUAACACGAUUCCAAACGAGGUAACAGCUAUCGAGUUUCACGAAGGACGUUUACCACGUUUACCAGCUGGUACAUUAUCAAGAUUCGUUAAUUUACGCGAAUUACUUAUUAGAAAUUCUGGUUUAAGAAUAAUCGAGCCUAAAUCAUUCGACGACCGGAACGAACUUAAGGUAUUGGCUAUACAGGACAAUCCCUUAACCACGGUCGAUGGUUCCUGGUUGAAUUUGAACAAACUCGAAAGACUCGAUUUACGUGGUAACUCUAUAAGAUAUAUCGCACCGCAAUCCUUUCGUCAUCUUUCAAAAUUACAAUAUCUCAAUUUGGAAGGUAACGAUUUGAAAUGUAUAUUCACGAGUGAUCUCAACGAAAUGCCGGAGGUUUAUAUAAUCGAAUUUUCGGGUAAUCCGCUUAAAUGGAAAUGCAGAUUGGAAUUGGAGCAAUUUUUGGAAAUGCGUAAAAUUAAAUUCGUUAGGAUCGAGGAAUCAUGCGAAGGAAAGAAAUAUAUGAGGAAUGUACUUUGGCAAAAUAAAACGGACAUUUAUUACAACGACGAGUGUCAGGCGUGCUCGUCUGCUUCCAAAAUCAAAUUCUCAUUGAUGCUGCCAACGUUUGUUAUAUUUUUUACGAAAAUUUAUUAACUAUAAACGAAUAUCGAACGAUCGCCAUCA